GGUCCAGAGAAGACUAUCAGCUAUAUUGGCUGUGCUAUUCAACUCUAUGUCUUCCUGUGGCUUGGAGCCACUGAGUGUGUCCUUCUUGUUAUCAUGGCCAUGGACCGCUAUGUGGCAGUGUGUCAUCCACUGCAAUAUACCACUACCAUGCAUCCCAGAGUUUGUCUGAAGCUGGCUACCCUUGCCUGGGGAACUGGUCUGGUGCAGUCUUUGGUCCAAUCCCCUGCCACCCUCCAGUUACCCUUCUGCUCCAGRAUAAUAGAUGACAUCGUGUGCGAAGUCCCAGCUCUUAUUCAUCUCUCCAAUACAGAUACUACCUACAAUGAAACCCAGAUGUCCAUUGCUAGCAUUUUUCUUCUGGUGGUUCCCUUGGUCAUUAUCCUUUCCUCUUAUGGUGCUAUCGUGCAUGCAGUACUGAGAAUAAAGUCGAAUGCAGGACAGAAGAAAGCAUUUGGUACCUGUACUUCUCACCUUCUUGUGGUCUCCCUCUUCUAUGGCACUGUCACAGGUGUCUACCUUCAACCCCAAAAUCACUAUGCUCAUGAACGGGGCAAGUUUCUCACCCUUUUCUACACAGUAGUAACCCCAACUCUUAACCCCUUCAUCUACACUCUGAGGAACAAGGAAGUAAAAGGAGCACUAAGAAGAUUARGGAGGAGGACUGGGUUUCCCAGAAUAACUAAAAAGGUUGAUAUUUGUUUGCCUAUUGCUUAA